GGAAGCCCCGCCCCCCCUCAUAGUCUCUCCGUUUGAGGCUCCCGCUGGCGCGCGAUUGGCUUAAUCUUAUUGUAGUGCUUAUUCGCUACAGCACGCGCUCCUCGAAUCGCCCUUACUUGGCGAAUAUACGCCCGAUUCCCUUCGUUUACGCAUGCGGUGACGCUGGAAAAUGAGCGAUUCCGAGAAGCAGACGCUUUCUGUAAAGGAGAAGGAUGGAGUGGAGAAAAGGGGGAGAGGAAGACCGAGGAAACAUCCAAAGGAGUCCAUUGGAUCCCCGGUUCCGAAAAGGCCGAGAGGGCGGCCAAAGGGCAGCAAAAACAAAGGUCCUUCCAAGAAAGUGAGUGCGCAGUUUAUUUCGAAAGUGGGAUCAUCUUCAGAUAAGAAGCUAAAGGGGAAGCCCAAAAAGGAGGAAAAAGAGGCAUCUCAGGAGUCCUCGGAGGAGGAAGAGGAGGAUGAAGAUGAGGAGCAGUAACCGCUUCAUCCUCGGCACUACCUCAUAAUAUGACACAGCCUGGCACCACUUACUAAUCUACUGCCUCUAACAACGGGAUGUCGUCUGCUUAACCACCUCUGUGGGACUGACAGAAAUAUCAUGUCUAUAACAAUCAGUUACAUGUUAAAAACAAAAAAAAAGUGGAAUAAUUUUAGAAUCUGUGAAUUAGGCUGCAUAUAAGUGUUUAGUACAUUUAAUGGUGCUUACUUGGUGCUUUUCAAUUUUCUUUUUGUUUUGGUUUUGUUUUGCUUUUUAUGUACUUUGUGACGUGGAAGGUCAGGGGGAUGUAGAAUUAGAAAAAGAGAACUGUUCUGAUCGUGAUGUGUAGUAGUCCUAUAGUUUUAGUGUAGGGCUUUCUGCUUAACUGCAACUGAUAAUAUAUAUUUUCAUUUAAAAACACCCCCUGCACUGACUAGAUUUUAGCUUUUAUUAGAUUGCCUUUAUAUGUCGAUGCGUGAAUAUUCACCAUUUGUCGAAGGCUAGGUUGUGUGUAUUUUGCAAGAUAAGCAGCUCAUGUAUUUAGAUUGAAAUACACCGUUUUCAGUCUUUCUCACUCUGCUGUAGUCGGGUAGGUGAUCGAGACGUUUCUGAUUCUCAUCGCAAGUACAUUCCAGUAGCAUUUUUAACCCACUUGUGACUAAUUUAUGUGGACUGUUCCUCAUUCAUAUUUUUCCUUUCAUUGACUGUUUUACUUAACUUUUACCAACAGGUCACUUCUUGGUCAAAGAAAAGUACACACCCAGGCAGACAAGUUUUUAGCUUUGGUCAGCAUGAAAAAAAAUAAAUUUACAGUUGUACAUUUCAAGGACCCACCCAAAUACGUCUGGGAGUUUACAGAGGACACCUGUGAAAUAAUGCACACUUGAGCAGCUAUACCUCAGUACCAUGGCUUGUGCUUGUGACAGGUUUGUAUAUGCCGUCAGUAGAAACAAGACUGUGUCAUUUGGAUCACUUUAGAAUAGUCAGAACGACUGUUUUUUUAUUAUUAUUGCGCAUCCCACAUUGCACCUGUCCACCUUUCUCUGAACCAUAGCAACAAUAUGCAUCAGCCACCUCAGGAAUUACAGUACAUAGACAGCAGGCGACAGACUUUAGUAUUCAGAUAGCACUGAUAACUUCUGUAUAGAAUGUGUUCAUCAUUUCUGUGGAAAAGCAACCUUUUGCUCUGUACCUAUUUUUUAAUGCAGCUGAGGAAUCGUCUACAAGCUCUUUUAGGCUUCUACCACGUUUGUCGAUGCCUCAAAGACCUAUUUAUUUCACGUUUAAUUGAGAAUUCAGUUGUAUCUGUGUAGCAUGUUGUGUUGUUAAUAAAGUAUACUUUCUCA